AUACCAGUUGGUGGCGGAAAUGCACCAGUUAGUUUGCCAACCGCUAAUGAACCUCAAAAAAGAAGAAGAAGAAGAAGAAAGAUGACGACACUUCCGGUUGAAACCGGGGGAAACAAAGGCGGCAAAAUCGAAACGGAGAGAAAGUAAACAAACGUUCUGCUCGGCGGAGGAACCGGAGGACGUUGUUACACCGGCGAAAUGGACCCGACGGCCCGGUUCUUCACCGCGCUGAGGAAGAUGGCGGUGACCCUGGAGUCCGAGACCGUGAAGCUCCAGCACGCGUUCGAGAACCGCGACGACGACGUCGACGACGACGCCUCAGCGAAAGCCUCGCGAGCGUAUCACGAGGUGAACUGUGAGGUCGGCGUCCUAAAGGAGCAGAUCCAGGGUCAGAUUGCUCAGCAGAAAAGAGAAGAGAACGAGGCGGCCGGCUUCAUUGAGGCCUGUCGAGUCCUGGAGCAACGGGUCGCCAAGGACAUCCAGGGGCUGAGGGGACACUGGGGAAAGUACGGUUACCAGGCUCCCCGAGACCCCCAGAGACCCACCAACCCAGAGGCCAAAGAUGAGCCGUCAGAGGUCAAAGGUGAAGCGGCAGGUGAGCCUAAAUCAUCAGCGGGAGGAGAAGGAGAGAACCUGGAGGAGGAUGGAGGUCGCUGCUCCUCGCCACCGGGACCGUCGCCUUUCCCCGACACGCUGCGAACGCCGCGGCUCUCAGAUUUCGGCCUCUCCGAGGUGGCCAUGAAGAGGGCCUUGGCGGGGUGGUGCUCCGAGGUGUCCCCGAUGCCCAAGCUGAGCCGCCCGCCCCCCUUCCUCAGCACGCCCACGCCGCUGACCCCCACCAACCCAGAGGCCAAAGAUGAGCCGUCAGAGGUCAAAGGUGAAGCGGCAGGUGAGCCUAAAUCAUCACCGGGAGGAGAAGGAGAGAACCUGGAGGAGGAUGGAGGUCACCGUUCCUCGCCGCCGCCUUUCCCCGACACGCUGCGAACGCCGCGGCUCUCAGAUUUCGGCCUCUCCGAGGUGGCCAUGAAGAGGGCCGGGGGGGGGUGGUGCUCCGAGGUGUCCCCGAUGCCCCCCUUCCUCAGCACGCCCACGCCGCUAACCCCCAAAUGUGCCCUUCGGAUGGAUGACGACGAGCCGCAGACGCACCUGAUGGCCGACUUCGGGCUCUCGGAGCGCACCGCAUUUCUGAACAACGACUUCACGAUGGAUCUCUUCAGGAAGAACGUGGAAAAGCCCCAAAGGCCGCCUCUCGUACCGCCAGUGAACGCUCUUGCACGGUGUUUGCACACCAAAGCACAGAACUUGGAGUCUCCAGAGCCGCCCGUGUUUUACACCCCGGGGUUCAAAAUCAAGAAGCCGAACCGUGACCGAUCCCCACCGGCACAAAGCGACGGGGACCCAGAAUUCCCCGAUCGCCAUGGAAACCUGCCGGCCACCCCUGAGGCCCCUGUGUUUCAAACCCCGUCCAUGAACCGGAUGGCCACCUCCGGAAAGAAUGCACCUCAGCCUGAGCCGAUCGACAUGGACGCCGAAGCCCACCUCCACUCCCCUCGCUCCAAGCGCCGCUGGGAAGAAGAAGUGCCAGAUAUGUCCGACCUCAGCUCCGUGACGCAGGACAUCUGUAAACUUGUGACCAAGAGGACGGCCACGGCGGUGGUGCACCCGAACGUCAGGCCGGGAGCUCAUCCGAUCAGAGCGGUGAGGUUGUCCGAGGUGUCGGAGAGCGAGUUCCAGAGUUUACCAAAGUACCUGAAGCAGAUGACGCUGCUCAGCCUCAACCGGGCCGUCAUGAACAUCAACAUGUUCACCGGGGAGAGUCGAGGAGGACAGACUGAGUUCAGGAUGGAGGAUCUGAGCCGGAUCUGCGUCACUGGAACCAAGACGCCGCUGUACGUCCUGUGUCUGGUGGAGCUGAAGAGGCUGCAGCAGACGGGGGGGGCCCGGGGCAGCUCCGUGUACACGCUGUGCAACUAAGGUUGCCCCCACGCACAACUAAGGUUGCCCAUACGGACAACUGAAGGUUGCCCCCACGCACAACUAGAGGUUGCCCAUGCGGACAACUGAAGAUUGCUCUACACGCUGUGCAACUGACUUGUAUGUAGAUUCUGAUUUAUUUAAAGAGACAAAUAAAUGUAGUGGAGUAACAAGUACAA